UGCUAUGGCGCUCAGGGUUACCAGGCACACUCGCACGGCUUGCAAUGACACGGCGAAGAGCAGCCUGCUACCUGCCGCCAAGGGCGGCACGGUGGUGGUGGCCUCCAAGAGGGCCCUGCGCGUCCGCACCGCCCUGGGGGACAUCAGCAACCGUGUCGUUCAGCUGAAGACGCAGACUGCCGUCAAGAAGGUGGUGAGGGGCUCCGGGCCGGAGCCGGGCCCCAAGCCCGUGCUCGCCACCUCUCAGGAGAAGAUGGCUACUGGGCAGCCGCUGAGGGAUGCGGCCAUGGAGGAGGCGCCAGCGCCGGAGCCCCAGCCGGAGUCCUACCAGUUGGAGCCUCAGUCUCCAACCCCCAUGGAGACAUCUGGAUGUACUCCAUCAGAAGACAUGCUUUGCCAGGCUUUUUCUGACGUUUUGCUUGAUGUGGAAGAUGCAGAUGCGGAAGAUGGUGAUGACCCAAACCUCUGCAGUGACUAUGUGAAGGACAUCUACAAGUAUCUGAGAUACCUUGAGGCAACUCAACCUAUCAGACCCAAAUACCUGGCUGGCCAGGAAAUCAAUGGGAACAUGCGUGCCAUACUAAUAGACUGGCUUGUGCAAGUACAGGUAAAAUUCAGACUACAGCAGGAGACCUUGUACAUGGCAGUUGCUAUCAUCGAUCGCUUCUUGCAGGACAAUGCUGUUGCCAAGAAGAUAUUGCAGCUGGUUGGUGUCACAGCUAUGUUCAUUGCCAGCAAAUAUGAAGAGGUGUUUCCCCCAUAUAUAGAAGACUUUACCUACAUAACUGAUAACACUUACACAAAGUUCCAAAUCUGCCAGAUGGAGAUGAAGAUCCUGCGAGCCCUGAACUUUGGUCUGGGUCGCCCUCUCCCUCCGCACUUUCUGAGGAGGGCUUCAAAAAUUGCAGAGGUGGACUUGGAACAGCACAUUCUGGCCAAGUACCUAAUGGAGCUGUCCAUUGUGGACUAUGAUAUGGUUCAUUUCCCUCCAUCCAAGACCGCAGCGGCUGCUUCCUGUUUGGCUCAGAAACUCAAUGGAUCCGAGUGGACACCAACCCUGCAAUACUACCUGUCCUACUCAGAGAGUGACCUUCUCCCAGUUAUGCAGCACAUAGCAAAGAACGUAAUUCUUGUGAAUAAGGGCGUUACCAAGCAGAUGGCAGUCAAGAACAAAUAUGCCAGCAGCAAAAAUGCCAAGAUAAGCCACAUUAAACAGCUGGGCUCUUCUAUCAUAUGGAAUCUAGCACAACCUCUGAUUAAAAAGUCUUAACUCCUGUGUGAACUUGAGCAGAAUGUUGGCACUAUAUGCUAUAUUAUAUAUGUAUAUAAUG